CGGCUUGUAGACUCAGCUCUCUUACUGGGACGGAGUAGAACAAUGGCUUCCUCCAUUUGGGAGAGCAGAUCAGAGGACAAGAAGAAACAACAGCAUGCCAUCAGCCUAUUCGAUCGUAUCAACAGGAUGAGGGAAGCAGUAGAGCUAGUUGAUAUUGUCCUAGUGGUGGAGGGCAAGAAGUUCCCAUGCCAUAGACUAGUGUUGGCUUCCUUCAGUCCUUAUUUUAAGGCGAUGUUCACUUGUGGAUUGGUGGAAUGUGACCAAACUGAGGUGGCCCUUUAUGACGUGACGGCUGAAAGUGUGUCUAUAAUCUUAGAGUACAUGUACAGUGCAGAGCUCAGUAUCUGCAACCUCACUGUCCAAGGGGUCGCUACAGCUGCCUUUUUUAUGCAGAUGGACGACAUUUUCAGUAUGUGCCAAAGAUACAUGACGGAACACAUGGAUGUCUCCAACUGCAUUGGGAUCUAUUACUUUGCCAAGCAGAUAAAUGCUGAAGAUCUAGAAGAGAAGUCGAAAAAAUACUUGUACCAACACUUUAGCGAAGUCGGAUUGCAUGAGGAAAUUCUGGAAGUUGACUUUCAGCAGCUCAUGGGAAUGAUCAUGUCAGAUGACCUCAAUGUUUCUCGAGAGGAAAGUAUUCUUGACUUGGUUUUGCGAUGGGUGAACCAUGACAGGGAUGUACGGUCCCAGCAUAUUAUUGACCUUUUGAAACAAGUGAGGAUACUUCUUGUGAAUCCUUCUUUCCUCAGAGAAGCUCGAAGAAGGAAUACCAUUAUGCUGUCCAACUCACAGUGUUAUGAUAUGAUUGAAGAGGCCUUAGAAACCAUUGAGAAGUCCAAGCAGGUCCCUCUAAGCCUCCGCUAUGGGAUGGAAACCACAAGCCUUCUUCUUUGUAUAGGCAACAAUGGUAUGGGCAUUAGGUCAAAGUAUGGAAGCUAUGGAGACGCCAGUUUCUGCUUUGCUCCUACAACAAGAAAAAUUUGCUUUAUUCCAUCUCCAAAACAAGGCGAGGUCUUGGGUUCUAUCUCCACUGGUGUGGUUACUGAUAACAAUGAUAUCAUACUGGCCGGAGAAGCCACUGCUGUCAGAUUGGCAAGACAAAAGACAAGGAGGGUUGAAAUCUGUAGGUACCACAAUUGUGGGAAUUACUGCUGGGAGAUGCUAUGCAGCGCUGAAUAUCGAGAGCUUUAUGCACUGGCCAGUGUGCAUAAUGACCUUUAUCUCAUCGGAGGUCAAAUGAAGUUCAAAAGCCAAUAUGUCAUCACCAACUCCGUAGACAAGUACUCGGUGGACAAUCAAUGUUGGAGAAGCGUGGCUCCUUUGCCAGUGCCAUUGGCAUGCCACGCCGUGGUGACCUUAAACAAUAAGCUCUUCGUUAUGGGGGGCUGGACACCACAGAUUGAUCAUCCUAAUGAUGAACCCGACCGGUUAAGUAAUCGAAUGCUUCAGUACGAUCCUGCCCAGGAUAAAUGGACCCAGUUGGCUCCCAUGAAAUAUUCAAAAUAUCGAUUCAGUGUGGCUGUGGUUAACAGCGAAAUUUACGUCUUAGGUGGCAUUGGAUGUGUUGGUCCGGACAGGGGUCAGGCUCGAACGUGUCUUGAUGCAGUAGAGAUUUACAAUAUAGAUGGUGACUUCUGGAGGGACGGCCGUGCCAUGCCUUACCCGCUGCUUUCGCUGAGGAGCAACUCAAGUAGCGCCGGGGCAGUGGAGGGACGUCUGUACGUCUGCGGCGGAUUCCGCGGGGCAGAUCGUCAUGAGGUCAUCACAAAGGAGAUCCUGGAGUUGGAUCCAUGGGACAAUCGCUGGAAUGUGGUGUGCACCCGAGCUCCGAUGCAUGAUAAUUACGACGUAUGCCUUGUAGCCAGACUGAACCCCAGAGACCUGAUUCCCCCACCACGUGACCUUGUGGAUAGAUGAAAAUGUUGUGCUGAGAUGUACAGAACCUUAUAAUAAAGAUGAACGAUGUCUUAAAUUCUUAA